AUGUCCAAGCUUUUGGAAAAAUAUGAAGACUGGACUUUGAAAAAUGCUUCACAGAUCAGCUCCAUUGAAAGUUUCUUGAGAACUUUAACUUACAUUUUACCUGUAUUUGCGGCAUUGAAUUUAAUUGGAUUAUAUCAUGAUUCAAUCUUGGUUAGAGCUUCCGAAAACCUGCCACCAUCAAAGAAACCAGCACCAUCAUCACAUAAUAGAUACACAAGAUAUUGGAUAAACUCAUCUAAAACGUAUCAACGCGCAUCACUUGCAUUAACAUUUUUACAGUAUACUGAUGUUUUAAUGGAGAUGGGUGUGCAAAAAAAAUGGGGCAAAGAAGCUAAAUGGAGAUUAAUUGUCUUGAUCGAAUUAUUUAAAGCUAUUUGUAGAAUUUUACUUCUGCGCAAAACUCAUGAACGUACAGUUAUUAAUCCACCUAUACCACGACGUGAAGUUGAUCCUUCUAUUUUCAAUGAAGAGAAUAGAUCAUCCAAUUCCUUCGUGUCAAACGGUCACGCGGGAAAUUUGAUGGAUGUUCACAGAUCAAAAGAGUUCGAAACUUGGACUGGGAAAUAUACCGGCCGCAUACAUGAUCGCAUUUCUGUCGUUCAGAAGGGAAUCACACAUUAUCCUGCUGUGUCUGACUACUUAAUGAGCAAAGUGUUGAUGGUCGAAGAUGUCCAAAAACCAUCGGAAUUGGUGCAUAAAUUACAAAGUUACGGAACAUUAGGAGAAUUACUAUACAUUAUUCGACCUCUUCUUUAUGUUCUUGCUUUGCGGAAAUAUGGAAAUCGGUCAUGGCGACCAUGGUUGUUAUCGUUAUCUAUAGAAUUAGUAACAAGAAUUAUGGAAUCCUAUUACUAUAAGAGACGAAUACCAGGUGGAUACAGAUGGUCAUCAUCAUUGGAAAAAGAAGAAAAAAAAAGGCGCAUUCGCCAAUUCUUCUUCUACAUCUUGAGAGGACCUUUUUAUGAACAAUUCACCAAACCAAAAAUCAACAAUUUUUGCCAUGCAGUUAGUAACAAACCAAUUUUAUCAUUGUUUGGAGGUAUUCUUAGAGAUUAUCAGCCAUUGUGGGAAAACAUUUAUUUCUAUAAAAUUUCUUUUUAUACUUUGUGGAGUUAUGUAUUUGUAGAUCCUUGA